AUGGCGGGCGCCGGCGGGCGGGCCUGCCUGCAGCUACGUUACGUCACGGGCCGGCCGGCCGCCGCGCCUCAGGCCGUGCCGUUCAGCAGCGGCGCCUUGCGCGCCGGCGAGCGUCGCUUGGCCCCGCGCGCCGCGCCCUCGCCCGCGCCCGCGCCCGCCCCCGCCGCCGCGCCCGUCCCCGCUGUCGCCACCGCCGUCGCCGCCGCCGGCGCUACGGCCGCGCCCGCCGCCGCCGGCGCCGCGGCUCCGCCCGCUCCGUUCUUCCACCCGCCUCCUGCAACACAGCGGACCCACCGUCAACCUCCGGGGCGCACUCGCCACGACUCAUCUGAAAAUCUUACGCCGCGUCGACUCGAACGUACGGUUCUACUGUGCAUGCAUUACGGGUUACCACUAAAUACUUCACUAAAAUAA